ACAAGCGAGGGCUCCCUUAUGGCUGCGCAUGCGCCGGCUCCGGGGUGGCUGUUGGUCCAGGCAGGUUGGGGCCGCUAACGGGAACACCAGAGACGUUGGCCAAGGAAUUUUGUGCUUAGUGGAGGUGGAACAGCUGCUUUUCAUCUCCUGCCCUGGAAGAAACAGUUUCCUUCCCUACCUCUUGGCAUCUGUGUUUUUGGGACGCAGCCACUCCCUCAAGAAUGCAAAAAUGCAGUUGAUGCCUUUCUGGGGGCCCUGUAUUCCGUUUGGGCCGGAGCAACCUGGCCUUGCUUAAUUUCAUGCUGUUCGUCUUUUUUCUUUCCUUUUUUAGGGUGAGCAUAUUUUCAGAGUUAGGCCCUGGAUCUUGGCCUUAGAGACAUCAUUGACCAAAGGAAAUGGAGGAAAAGGAGCGAUGUGAUAAAUUCAAUCUGACAUUCUGAUGUUAGGGCCAUGUAAAAUAUUUUUCAAGGGGAGACCAAGAGAAAGACAGAAAUAUACUAAGGACACUUUCUUACAAGCUCAAUGACGUGGGAGGGUGGGCGGGAGAAAAAUGAUUCAAAUUGUUAAGUUACUUUUGCAGCCAUCCAGUAAAGACAGCUAUUAAAGCAGGUUUGCUAAUUGUGUGAGCUGGAGUUGCCUAUAAAACAAGGGCCAUUUGCUUGCUUGCUUUGUGUGUGGCAAGAAACUUCACAAACUUUUAUCAUCUCCCAUCUUCACAUCUUACACUACGAAAGAAAAAAUGAGUUGUGUGCCAUGGAAAGGUGACAAAACCAAAUCAGAAUUGCCAGAAACGCCACAGCUGAUGCCAGUGCGUAUCUAUCAUGAAAAACAGCGCAGGGAGCUGUGUGCCCUCCACGCCCUCAAUAAUGUCUUCCAGGAUGGUAACGCCUUUACACGAGACACGUUACAGGAGAUUUUCCAGAGGUUGUCUCCCAACACUAUGGUGACACCACACAAGAAGAGCAUGCUGGGAAAUGGGAACUAUGAUGUGAAUGUCAUCAUGGCAGCUCUUCAGACCAAAGGUUAUGAAGCGGUUUGGUGGGAUAAGCGCAGGGAUGUUAAUGUAAUUGCCCUCUCUAAUGUGAUGGGCUUCAUUAUGAAUCUGCCCUCAAGUCUCUGCUGGGGUCCAUUAAAACUUCCUCUUAAACGGCAACAUUGGAUCUGCGUCCGGGAAGUGGAUGGUACUUACUACAACCUUGACUCCAAACUCAAGGUGCCUGAAUGGAUUGGAGGUGAAAGUGAGCUCAGGAAGUUUCUGAGACACCAGCUGCGAGGAAAGAACUGUGAACUUUUGUUGGUGGUGCCUGAAGAGGUGGAAGCACAUCAGAGUUGGAGAGCUGAUGCAUGACCUGCACCUAUCCUGUCCUAGCACUACAGUACUGCUCCCUAUCCCCCAGCAACUUAUGUCCUGUGAUGUGCAUAAUGAGCACUUAACACCUCUUUCCUGGAACUCUGGAAUUCUUUUUUUCCAUUAUGAGGGUGCAAUAAGGCAGCCACAAGGUAUUGUCAGGGCCAACAUGAAGGGGAACAGAAGCUGGACACGUACUGGGGGAAGAGGAGAAGGUGGAAGGAAGAGAGCUUGUUCUGUGCUCUUUAAUUAUAAUGCAUAGUGUGAUUUAGGAGUGGGGUGUUGGAAACCUCCCCUUUAAUUUCCUGCUUUCCUUUCCUUCCCCACAGUCUUAAAAGGCUUCAUAGUGGGUUGUGCACUACUGUUUCCAGGAGUCCCUAAAGCUCAUUUGGCUGGAUGGUGUCUCCCUUUCAGGCAAGGGCUGGGGCCAAGCAUGUUCCCCCAUAUAUCCCCCCAACAUCACGCUAUGUUGAAAAAAACUGCAAACCAUGUGGGUCUCUCAGGAAACUCUAGAUUCUCUUAGCAAUGGUAUGGUGCUUGUGGACUCCCCUUUUGUAAAAGUAAUUGUGCCAAGAGUUAGGGGACAUGUAGACAAAAUGGGACCAUCAUUUUGGAACUCCCUACAGGAGUUUGAGGUUUUUGUUUCUCAUACUCUUUUUAUUAUAAAUGUGUCCUUCGUUGGUCUGAGAAUGAAAGACCAAAUAACUUGGGAAAGAGGUAACUAAUUGAUGCUUAUUUAGAAGCCUCAAGUAUUUUUUGUUCUCGUUUGGUGGGCCAGGUGUAGCCUGUUUUUUAUUUUUGUCUGUCUGUGUCCUGUAAUUCAGGGAAAUACUCACUGAGCAGGGAAUAAAACUACAGGCUGUUUGAGGAUGGAAUCAUGAAAUAAAAGGGAAGAGUAGCCAAGUUUCAACGAGGUAGGGGAUGGGCAAGUGUUAAAUUUGAAGGAGUUAUGGGGAACAAGAUCUAAGGGCUAGAUUGCUGUGGCUUCCUGUAGUAACUGUCAAUACUUGGGAUAGGGUGUCUAAGCGGGUCUGGUGUAAGGGAAGACUGGUAACACAGAUAGGCUAAGCUACAUUCUUCCAUUGUGAUUGGCAGGUGAAUCACUCUCUUGUCCUCCCCCACCCCCGCCAAAUUAGUGAAAAGGGCUGAAGACUGGAAGGAAAAUGAAUUAGCGUUCCUUGUCAGCUCACCCAGGUGUUGUACAUCAUUCUUGUCACACCUAGCAGAUGAAAUGGAGAGUUUAGGAUGGUCUUUUGCACUUCCAUUGAGCCCAGGUUAUUCUGUUGUUGCAUUUUUCAUUAUUAUUGCUUCUACCAGCUUCAUUUACAGUAGUAUUGAAACAGCAGAAAUAGGACCCACUUUUUCAGUGUUUCAUACUAUUGGGCAAUUUACAUGACUAGUUAGAAAGGAGGGCUGAAACUGACCCUUCUCACUUGCAAGGACAUCUUUGCCCAUUCUGAAUAUGAGCAAGAUACCUUCUAAGCCAGCAUUCCAACUACCUGAACUCUCCCUUUACAGUCAAAUGCAGUAUGAGCGGCAUCAAGAUAGAUCGUGUUUAUUGACCUCUGGACAACCUGUAGGCAUUAUACUGGAAAUCCGAGUUCUCUUCUCUGCAUGUACUACAGUCCAAGCCCAAUAUGUCUAUUUUUACAAAGCCCUCCCCUUUCUUCUGGACUACACAUUCCAAUGACCAAAACCAGCUGGCAAAGUUUGUACACACACAUACACACUUUUCACAAGCAGAGCAUCAGGCUUGCAGUUCUGCUUCUGACUUGAAGCCAUUUUUUCAAGCGUUUUUUAAAAAAAAAUCAGAAAAGACUGCUUAUUCUCUAUGCUGACUAAAAUAACACUUUGGAGAGACCCUGUUUGCAUGGAAGCCAAUGGACCAGUGCACAAUAUGCAAAUAUAUUUUAAAAACAUAUGGCUGUUUCUCUCCUCUCUGUGUAUUUAUGCCAUUGUUCUGUCCCUAGGGAAAGUGUUGUGAUUCAGCAGCUCAGGAAAAGGGAACAUGUGAUCACACAUGCAUACCUCAGGACCAGAGUUAUGGCAACAGAGGAAAAGAACCAGCCCAGUCCCAUUGCUUGGGAAUGGAGAAGCCCAUAAUUGUUUUCUUGCUUGUUUGGUUUUGUUAUAGCCUUGUCUUGGGUUUGUUUACAAAGAUGUAUUUUGUUUAACCAAAAUAUUAAAAAUGAGAAAACCUUA